GCCUGUCUCCCAAACAAGUCUGGGACAACCGGAUAUCCGUCUGGCCCUGCAAGACCCCCCCCCCCGGCCCGGCCGGCUAAGUGAACAUCCGUCAUCCUCCACCUCUCCGUCCUCACCCCGUGUGUGGACGGCGGUCCCGGUGCGCUAACGUUAGCCACACGGCUAGCGAUGAGAGUAAGACACAAGAUGCUCGGGCGUGCAGAGGAGCUGUUCUCGGUGUCGUCGGUGCCGUGAAACAACGGACACACGGCUGACAUACAGGCACGGUCCACACAGUCGGUGCAGGGAGAGUUAAACAGGAGCUGGAGAGCUGUCUCAUAACAUGAAGAUGAGGCGUCUGUCCAAGAAGAAAGCCCUGAGCCUGGUGAAAGAACUGGAUGCUUUCUCCAAGGUCCCAGAGAGCUACAUGGAGACCUCAGCCUCAGGAGGGACAGUGUCACUGCUGGCGUUUAGUGUCAUGGCCAUUCUAGCCAUCUUAGAGUUCUUUGUUUACCGGGAUACUUGGAUGAAGUAUGAAUAUGAAGUGGACAAAGAUUUUUCCAGCAAAUUGAAAAUUAACAUUGACAUUACCGUAGCCAUGAAAUGCCAGCAUGUUGGGGCAGACAUUCUGGAUCUGGCAGAGACGAUGAUCACAUCCAGUGGUCUGAAAUAUGAGCCUGUUAUGUUUGAACUGUCCCCACAACAGAAACUGUGGCAAAGGACAUUGCUUCUCAUACAGAACAGACUAAGAGAGGAACAUGCCCUCCAAGAGGUCCUCUACAAAACCGCCCUAAAGGGAGCUCCCACCGCUCUGCCCCCACGGGAAGAUGUGUCUUUGGAGCCCCUCAAAGCAUGCAGGAUACACGGGCCUGUCUACGUCAACAAGGUGGCAGGGAAUUUUCACAUCACUGUGGGAAAGCCGAUCCAUCAUCCCCGGGGCCAUGCGCACAUUGCAGCCUUCGUAAGCCAUGAAAACAGGCUGGGUCAUCUUGUUGAGAUCACACAAGGCCAAACUGCUCUACUCCUUGGCGUUCAAUAUUGCACUUACAACUUCUCCCAUCGGAUAGACCAUUUGUCUUUCGGAGACGAGAUACCGGGCAUCAUCAAUCCUCUGGACGGCACUGAGAAAAUCACCAACAACAAUAACCAGAUGUUCCAGUACUUUAUCACAGUGGUGCCCACCAGGCUGCAGACAUACAAAAUAACUGCAGACACACACCAGUUCGCUGUGACUGAGCGGGAGCGGGUGAUAAACCACGCAGCAGGCAGCCAUGGCGUCUCGGGCAUCUUUGUCAAAUAUGACACCAGCUCGCUGAUGGUGACGGUGAAAGAGCAGCACAUGCCACUGUGGCAGUUCCUGGUGCGACUGUGCGGCAUCAUCGGCGGCGUUUUCUCCACAACAGGCGUGCUCCAUGGGUUUGUUGGCUUCUGUUUUGAUAUCGUCUGCUGCUGUCACUUCAAACUGGGAGCUUCCAGGCCCGGACAGGUUGCACAGCCAUACAACCAGAUGAACAAUCACCACAGCAGCCUACUGACGGACAGCGGCCCUCAGGAGUAACCCUUUAUCCACCAGCCCUCUACCAUACGCCCACGUCAACAGACUUGAUCUGCCAACUUGACCAAGUUAACCGGUUUUCAUUCCAGCCCAAAAAUUGGGAAGCGAUCCUUGAUACUACCCUGUAUACAUUUUAUGGAUCCUCAAAAGUGCAAAGGUAUUGUGAGCGGGUUUCCUUCAUGCCAAAAUGAUCUCCUGUCAUGUCAAGAUAUUUCCUUUCCCCUCUACCACACAAAGUAAAGCAGCGUAGAAAAUAUUCUGCUGUGCUUAAAACGGGAGUCUGGAAACUCGAGGCUUUGCACGAUGUUGACGAAUGUUGGGAUUCACAUCUGUCCAUCUCUGGUUCCUUAGAUAUGAAUGCAUUAUUGUACAUCUCAUCAAGACUUCUAGAAAAUAUUGAUGUAUCCUGUGCCCAGUGACUGCAAUGUAUUUUUGGAUUUGUUUCCUUUAGAUAAUUUGAUUUCUGUGUUUUUGCAGAAUAUAUUGUAAUUUGCCAUAGCAACAAGUUUGAAUGAAGUUUUAAUACCCACAUGGC